CUGUACGGCGGCGGGAGCCGCGCCCGAACGCGGGUAGCACGGAGGGGGACUGGGGCAGGCGGUUCCGCUGGCUCCAGCUGUUUUGGGGCGUACACAGGGUUGGGUGGUCCUGGCACACGUCUGCCUCGGGGUGACCCCCCCUCCCCUUGCUCCCUCCCUCCCCACAGCGUCGGGGCUGGCGGAGAUGGGGGCGCACUGGAUCCACGGCCCCUCGCCAGGGAACCCCAUCUUCCGCCUGGCCACCAGCUACGGCCUGCUGGGCCCGGAGGCUGCCCGCGAGGAGAACCAGCGGGCUGAGGCGGGGGGCCACCCCCCGCUGGCCUCGGUCACCUACAGCAGCUCCGGGAGGGCGCUGAGUCCCCAGGUGGUGAGCGAAGCUCGUGACCUCUUUGACACCCUCCUGGCCUCUGCCCGUGCUUUUCGGGGGGCUGAGGAGCCACCGGCACUCAGCGUGGGGCAGUACCUGCGGGCAGAGAUCGCCCGGAGGGUCCCCACUUCGGCAGGGGGCAAGGACGCAUGGCGGCUGCAGCUGGCCAUCCUCGCUGCCUGCCUCAAGCUGGAGUGUUGCAUCAGCGGGACCCACAGCAUGGACUUGGUGGCCCUGGAACCCUUUGGGGAGUACGUCUCCCUGCCCGGCCUGGACUGCACCUUCCCAGGCGGCUACAGCAGCUUGCCUGAUCGCAUGCUCUCGGCUCUGCCGGAGGGUGUCCUCCUGCUCAGCAAGGCCGUGAGGACCAUCCGGUGGAGAGGGUCCUUCCACGAGGAAGGGGAUGAGGCACGGGAUUUCCCCGUCCAGGUGGAGUGCGAGGAUGGAGACACCUUCCUCGCCGACCACGUCAUUGUCACCGUCCCACUGGGUUUCCUCAAGGAACACCACCAGAACUUCUUCCAGCCUCCCCUGCCCGAGCGGAAAGCAGAGGCCAUUCGCCGCCUGGGUUUUGGCACCAACAACAAGAUCUUCCUGGAGUUUGAGAAGCCCUUCUGGGAACCCCAGCAGCAGCUCCUCGAAGUGGUGUGGGAGGAUGAGUCACCCCUCGAGGAGUGCAGCGCUGACCUGGAGGCCAACUGGUUCAAGAAGCUCAUUGGCUUUGUGGUCCUCCAGCCGCCGGAGCAGUACGUGACGGGAGGAUCAGUAAAGGGGCAUCAUGGCCAGGAGGGAUUUGGGCAUCUUCCAGGCGAUGUGAAGGAGCAUCUCGGUCCCAUCUGGAGCUUCAAAACCUUCCCUGGGUCACUGGUGGCCCAUGAGGCAGCGGUGCUCCUGGGGCAGGGAGGGCACGGUGAGCAGCAGGAGGGCAGCAGGCAGCUCUCAGGCCCCAUCUUCCCUCCCCAGGCACGGGCACGUCCUCUGCGGCUUCAUCGCAGGGAAGGAGUCGGAGUACAUGGAGACCCUGAGCGAUGCGGAGGUGCUCGGCACCAUGACGCGCGUCCUCCGCACACUGACAGGGAACCCGUGCUUGCCUGCUCCCAGGAGCGUGCUGAGGUCCCAGUGGCACAGUGCUCCCUACACCCGGGGCUCCUACAGCUACGUGGCCGUCGGCAGCUCAGGGGAUGACAUUGAUGUGCUGGCUCAGCCCCUGCCCGAGGACCCAGAGGAUCCCAGGCCUCUGCAGCUCCUCUUCGCCGGCGAGGCCACUCACCGCACCUUCUACUCCACCACUCACGGGGCCCUGCUGUCGGGCUGGCGAGAGGCUGACCGGCUCAACCAGC